AGAGAUUUUGAGGGAGCAACAGAGAUGAAGCUUCAAUAUGAUUUCUUGUUCUUAGAAGUAGUUCUGUUUCUCUCAAUUGGAGCUGCAAAUUCAGUCUCAGUUGCUUCCAACAACAUCUCUUCAUGUCCAAUGGAAUUGGGCUAUAUACAGACGAUGCCGUGGGACUACUCAGCCUGCAAGAACUACGACCUAAACGGCAACCAUUGCUGCCAAACCCUUCUCAGCGUUUAUGGAAUUGCUUUUGCUCAGCGCCUCAAAGACACUUCACUCUUCCAGCUCCCUGACCUCGACACCUCUAUAGCUUGCCUCCAUGACUUCCAAUCCAAGCUGGAUUCCCUCUCUCUCCCUUCAGACCUUGCUUCCUCCUGCUUCGGCAACUCUGAACGCUUCGUCAUCGCUCCUCAUGUCUGUGCAGGAAUCGAAACCAAGCAAGAUUGGAUCAACAAGCUCGGACCCACUACACCUCUGGACUUUGGAUGUCAUUCUGAUCUCUCUGGUACUUCUUGUGAUGCCUGUGUCACUGCCGGGUUUAAGGUUCAAGCCAGUUUAAUUGCUAUUGAUGGUAAUACAUCUCAUGCCACUGAUUGCUGGUACUUCACAAUUCUCUACGCCGGUGGAAUCGUCAAUGAAUUCGGACCUGAGAACACCGGCACUGCGUCCUGUAUUUUUGGGCUACCAAUUGGUUCUGCCAUGGAUGGAAGCAGCGAGAACCACUCGACUCUUGUGUAUGCCUUAACUGGUGCUGGUGUGGCUGUGCUGCUUAUGUCGUGUUUGUUUGGUUUCUAUAUCUGGUGGAAUAGGUUCAGGAAAGGAGAUUCUGGUGAUGAGUUUGAUGUAGAGGAGCUGCAGGGGUCGAAGCCUCGGUUAAGACCCAAUAAUGUCUCAAUCUGGUUCAAGAUUGAUGAGCUUGAUAAGGCUACAAAUAAUUUCUCACAGAAGAACUUGAUUGGGAGAGGUGGGUUUGGAGUUGUGUACAAAGGGACCUUAUCAGAUGGAACUGCAGUUGCUGUGAAACAGAUCACAGAAUCAGAUAUUCAAGGGGAUACAGAGUUCUGCUAUGAACUUGAACUCAUCAGCAAUCUGAAGCACAGGAAUCUAGUCCCCCUCAGAGGCUGCUGUGUUACAGAAGAGGAUGAUGUAGAGAGAGGCAAACAGAGGUACUUGGUCUAUGAGUUCAUGCCAAACGGGAACCUUGAAGAUUAUCUCUUUGGUAGAAUGAUGAAGAAGCAGUCUCUAUCUUGGCCUCAAAGGAAGAGUAUAAUCUUGGAUGUGGCUAAGGGGCUUGCCUAUCUUCACUAUGGAGUGAAGCCUGCAAUAUAUCACAGAGAUAUUAAGGCCACCAAUAUACUGUUGGAUGCAGAUAUGAAGGCAAGAGUGGCAGACUUUGGGCUGGCCAAGCAAAGUAGAGAAGGGCAGUCUCAUCUCACCACCAGAGUUGCCGGCACACAUGGCUACUUGGCACCGGAGUAUGCGCUCUACGGCCAGUUAACAGAGAAGAGUGAUGUUUAUAGCUUUGGUGUGGUUAUAUUGGAGAUAAUGUGUGGGAGGAAAGCGCUGGACUUGUCAUCCUCAGGCUCACCAAGGUCAUUCCUGAUUACAGAGUGGGCGUGGACACUGGUGAAAUCAGGAAGAAUAGAAGAAGCUUUGGAUGGUUCGCUGCUGAAAGAUGGGGAUGCUGCAAAUCCCAAUCCAAUGGCAAUCAUGGAGAGAUUUGUGCUGGUUGGGAUUCUCUGUUCUCAUGUACGGGUGGCUCCAAGGCCCACCAUCUUGGAUGCAUUGAGGAUGCUGGAAGGAGACAUUGAGGUUCCCUCAAUUCCAGACAGGCCAUUGCCUCUCAGCUACCCAUCAUGCGUUACAGUAAUAGAAACACCUUCAGCAUAUCACCGUAAUCAGACAGGAAGCUCUAGGGUUUGUAAAUUGUUCCAGAGCAACCCUUCCUUUUUAGGUGAAUUGUACAUUACUCACGAAAAGAUGUAUUCAUGACGGUAACAUUAGUGUUCCAAUA